CUGCGAAUCGAAGGCGAAGUAAAACCCUCUUACACUUGCGAAGACCCUCUCUCUUCCUUUUCUACACCUUCUUCUUCUUCUUCUUCAAACAUCACUAUCAGAGCUAUCUCCUUCGAAUGGGUAGCCAAGCCGCUGUUUCAUUCCUCACGAACAUUGCACGCGCCGCCUUCGGUCUUGGCGCAGCCGCAACCGUCCUUAACUCCAGCCUCUUCACCGUCGAUGGUGGCCAACGUGCCGUACUCUUUGACCGUUUCCGGGGAAUUCUUGAUGAAACCGUUGGCGAGGGAACACAUUUCCUCAUUCCUUGGGUCCAGAAGCCUUACAUUUUCGACAUUCGCACUCGCCCUCACACCUUCUCUUCCAUCUCUGGAACCAAGGACCUGCAGAUGGUCAACCUCACCCUCCGUGUCCUCUCUCGUCCCGACACCUCUCGCCUCCCAGUGAUUAUCCAGAAUCUUGGUCUUGAGUACGACGAGAAGGUUCUUCCUUCAAUUGGAAAUGAAGUCUUGAAAGCAGUCGUUGCUCAAUUUAAUGCGGAUCAGCUUUUGACGGAGCGUCCUCACGUUUCAGCUCUCGUUCGAGAGAGCUUGAUCCGGCGAGCUAAGGACUUCAACAUAGUUCUUGAUGAUGUCGCUAUUACGCAUUUGUCAUAUGGUGCUGAAUUUUCAAGGGCUGUGGAGCAGAAGCAGGUGGCUCAACAAGAGGCAGAGAGGUCCAAGUUCGUGGUGAUGAAGGCGGAGCAGGAAAGGAGAGCGGCCAUUAUUAGAGCUGAGGGAGAGAGUGAAUCUGCGAAGCUAAUUUCAGAUGCAACGGCAGCUGCGGGUACGGGGCUGAUUGAGCUUAGGAGGAUUGAGGCAUCCAGAGAGGUGGCUUCCACUUUGGCUAAGUCGCCUAAUGUAGCCUACCUUCCUGGUGGGAAGAACUUGCUCAUGGCUCUUAACCCUUCACGAUGAUGCUGGUACAUAGAUCAUGUUCUCAGAUGAAUCAAUUGCUGUGCUGACCGGCUUACUCAUCAGGCCGAUCACAAUAGCUGGGACACUAGAAUUCUUAACGACCCACCUACUGGAUGUAGAGGUUUUUGGUUAUCUGAUCGGACCUAAUUUUGAAUUCUCUCCACGGUUUAAUCGUAGCCCUUGUAACUCAAAAAAGAGAGAAAGAAAGAAAGAAAUUGUUCAAAGUUUUUUCACAUAAUUCGUGCCUUUAAUGCUUUUGGUUAUCAAUUAGUUUCUCUAAACAUGCAUUGUUAUAGGGCUGGAGGUGAGUUUUUAUCCUUGUUUUAUAAGUAGUGGGGCUUGGUGUAAAUAAAUAUUGCUAUUAAUGUGGAUUUUGCUUCUUUUUAUUUUUAAUGAAACAAAGUGGGCAAAAG